CUUGUCUUAUUAAAUCUCAAGUGUUUCUGGAUAAAAUUGCACUAUACUACUUACUUAGUACUGCAAUAAAACAAAUUAUGAUGUACCUACUCAAUGUCUCGGCCUCUAGCCUAGACAUUGAGUAGUGAAAAAUAAAUGUGUAAUAAUAGCCCGACAACCUCGAACUCAUUAGUAAACAUAAGGUGCGUUGAACUGGCGUGUGGGAUCGAUAUGCGCCGGCAACGAACCCAAGUUCAAGUUGGCGGAUCGCCAUGACUACGGCGCGCAAACACCGUCUACGGUGCUAGAAAUACUCUAUUACACCACGCCCAUUACGACAGUUCUAAGUUGGCAAGGUGCUAGCUCAGUGGUUUUUCUCCUUUUAUUUCGAUAAUCUUGGUCGCAAUGAGGGUCACCGGCUCUCGGGUGUACAGUAGGCCGCCACCAGUUCCGAAGAUGCCUGCAGGACUGGUGGAGUUGAUGGAGGGCCUGACUAAAGAUGUCCUCAAGAAUAAUCCUCCAGAUGUAUACGAGUUUUGUGCAGAACACAUGCUCAAGCUGUUGGAAAUAAGAGAUGGACCCUCAAUAAAGAAAAGUCUGAGUUUGGAACGUAAAAUAUCUAAGGCUCAAGAAAAGGUAAGAAAAAGAGCAGAACAACGCUGGCAAAAAUUCGAUGAACUUCAGUUACAGGAGACAAAGAUAGAAAAGAAUGAAAACCAAACUUCAGAUCAGAAAAUACCUGUAGCAAUCGAUGAUAACAUCGAAAGUAUUAUCAAACCAGUACAUCACAAUGAUUUGACUCAAGCUUCUGAAAUCGAAAUAUCUUGCGAACCAGAUAGUACCGAAAAACAAAAAUUGCAAAAUGAUGCGGAACCAAUUUUAGUAGUACCUACUGUAGAAGGCGAAAAUGAAAAAGUAGCGGAACCAACUGUAGAAGGCAAUCAAGAAGUUGAAGAAACAAAGUCCAAUUCUCAUAUACAACUUAUACCUGUAUUACCUGUCUUUGAAAAUACGGACUUGAGCCAAACUCAAGAGGAUGAUUGUGAGUCGAACAUUGCGGCACCCGAUUCAAAUACAAAAGAUUUACAAAAUGUCAAAGAAGAUAAAUUGAUUGAAAAUAUUGAGGUUGCUGAUGUUGAUAAAAAUGCUCCUAAUGUCACAUCUGAUUUUGCUGAAGUUGAUAAACAUGCUUCUAUUGUCUCUACUGAUGUUGUUGAAGUUGAUAAAAUUAAUCCUAUUGUCUCAUCUAAUGUUGCUGAAGUUGAUAAAAAUGCUCCUAUUGUCACAUCUGAUUUUGCUGAAGUUGAUAAACAUGCUUCUAUUGUCUAUACUGAUGUUGUUGAAGUUGAUAAAAUUAAUCCUAUUGUCUCAUCUAAUGUUGCUGAAGUUGAUAAAAAUGCUUCUAUUGCCACAUCUGAUGUUGCUGAAGUUGAUAAACAAACUUCUAUUGUCUCUACUGAUGUUGCUGAAGUUGAUAAAAAUGAUCCUAUUGUCGCAGCUAAUGUUGCUGAAGUUGAUAAAAAUGCUCCUAUUGACACAUCUGAUGUUGCUGAAGUUGAUAAAAAUGAUCAUAUUGUCGCAUCUGUUGAAGAUGUCAAAGACGACAUCAUAACUGUUGUGGUUGAACAGGAAAAACUCAAUGAAUCGGACAACUUAAGUAUUCCAAUUGGAAAUGAUACUGAUUCUGCUUUUGAAGAAAACGAUGACGCCAUUCAAACUGAUUCGGGUAUUAGCUGCCUGGACUCCGGAAAAAUUGAGGAGCACGAUUUAUCUGAUACUAAUACCAAUGUUGUUCCUGAAACUGUACCAAAAUCUACAAUAGAAAGUGAUGGCGAAAAUAUUGUCGAAACUGAUAAGAUGACUGAUUUGAGUUUAGAAAAUCAUAUUGAAACAAAUGAUGAUGGAAAAAUUAAAUCUAAUGAAAAAGAGAAUGAGGUCCAUCAAGGUAAUUUAAGGAAACUUGAUGAAACAAUCACUUCUUUAUCUGAUAUUUACUCUGCCAAUGAUACGGAGGAAUCUACUACUGAUUUAGAAAAGGUUAUGAACGAGGCCAUUGAAAAUACAAAAAGAAAAGACAGUAGUGCUGAUGAUUCGAUAAAAGAUAAUAUUGCAUUGAAUGAUAAGAGUGAUGUAAGUGAAAGUAUUAAUUUAGUUAUUCAUAGAAAAACUAUUGACGACCCCGAGGCAGAAGCUAAUAUUUUAUUUAAAAAUGAUGAUUCUAAGGGUACGAAACAGUCGCACGAUAUUGACGAAGCCAUGAAUAAUCAUAAAACUGAGAUUAUUGAGUCGAAAAGGCCUAAACGCUCUCUGGAUAAUAAUGCCUCUGACCAAAACGAUGUUGACAUCGCUACACACACAUUGAACGAUUCCAUCAGUGCUAUUGUAGCCGAAGAUAGUGCUAAGGAAGCUGAUACUACAAUAGAUUUAAAUAAGACUCCAAAAAAUGAUAAUUCUCACACAAUGGAUCUGGAAACGGCAGCAGUAACUAUUCAAAAAGUAUUCCGAAAUUUCCUAUUCAAAAGUCGAGCAUCGACAUUUGAUGAUUCUGUAACUGAAGAAAAUAAUCUAUCAGAUGACGAUGAAAAGAAGGACGAAGUUUUUUUACCUACAAAUAAUUUAAAUAAAGAGAGGAGGCCUUUAGGCUUAAGCCGAAUGGAGUCAGUCCUCCAAACAGUAAAUGAAGAGAAAUCUCUGUCUCUUUCAACUGAUGACUCUUCUCUAUCUAGUGCUGCUACUAUAAUUCAGGCUCAUGUAAGAGGAUUUCUGCUGAGAAACAAACUGCACUCCUUAAAGUCUGCGUCUAGAAAUUCAUUGGGUGUUUCAAACGGUCCAUCAAGCAAAUCUUUGGAUGCUGAUGCGGACCAGAACAAAAACAAAACCGUUCUAAACAUCCACAUAGUCCCAGAAGGAGGGAACUAUCUAAGCAGAGACGAAAGUAUAUUGACUUCAAUGGAUUUGUCCCUAGACGGCAGUCCUCCUUCAUCAGUCAAUUUGCAUCCUUUUGGUUACAAUACAAGCGAAAGAAGAAAACAAUUGAAGCGAGAAGAUGCCGUACAGUCUGUCUCGCCACCUAGUAAUAAUAGUGGCAAACUAAGCGAGGAUGUCGAUUCCGUUAAAGAGCUAACAAUUAAUGAACAAGAUUCUAAUGCAAAUCAAGAACAGAAAGUAUCUGGAGUUUCAAUGUUGAAAGAUGACUCUCAGCAAGAUACAGAUAUAGGAAGUCUCGAAACUACUCCUACCACUAGCUUGACCGUUGAAACUGUUGUAGAAGACCAAAAGUCGUCUAACACUGAUACAAUGAACAGCCCUGAACCCAUGACAGAGACUGCAGAAAAUUCUAAAAAGGGUUUGAUAAAACAGAGUUCAGAUGAAAUGGACGUUGUUACGCCAUUUAAGGAAAACUCAACUAUCAAGACGGUAGACACCAACUUACUACAUUCUGGAGAAUUCCAUGACACAGUGCUUCCCACUAAGGUGUCACGGAAUGAUACACCAGUGGCCAGUGGUGAGUGAAGACAUCUUCUAUUAUCAGAAUUCAAGAAUGUGAUGGUAUACUUCUUACUUUGGAAUAAUUCGUAGUAUAUUAAUAAUCAUACGAUAGCUUUUUAUGUAUAACAUAUUAUAUUUUACCUAUCUCUUUCAAUCACACGUAAUUACAAGUUACAAGAUAAUAAAGUUCUCUUGAUAUA